AUGGAAUUUCAAGAAAAAGAAGUUAUUCAGCACCUAAUAGAAAAGGACGUAAGAAAAUAUCCGAUGAAUCUACUUGGAAGAGAGAAGUUGAAAAAUCAAAACGUUGGGCAUUCCUUUUUGCCACCCGACCGUAUAUUUGGAAAUAUUGAAAGAGAGAUACGCCCUUUAGAGGUGAUUGCGGAACCCGAGGUUUAUUUUGAUAUUUUCAAAAGAUAUGGUAAAGUUAUUAGACUUGGAAGUGACUUCCAGUUUUAUGACUGGAAAACAAGCGUUACAAAUGUGCUGAAAUUACCAGGAUCUUGGAAUUUCAAAUUUAAUGCUUCUAAAAGAUUUUUCCUGAGAAAGGAUAAGAAUAAUAAAAUUGGAAUCAAAGGGGAACCUAAUUAUGUAUCUGAAGUGGUCAACUAUGGGAAUGUUUGUAAAAGAGGAAAGUCUUACGAAAAUAUUAAACCUACGUUGAUGAAAUUGGAGUUCCUGUAA